UUGCCUCUCCCUUCCGUGUCCGCGCUCUCGUGCACGCAGGGAGCGUGCUCAAGUGCCAGUGGUUUCCGUUUAGUUUCCUGAUUAUUGCUAGUGCUCGGCCAGGCGGGGGUUUCUGCGCAGCGCUCUGGAGAAACGUGGAAUUUGGCUGUACGGCGCUUUGGACCUUCAGCCUCGGAAAACGGUGACAGCUUUUCAUACAUCUGCCAACGCUGAAAUCAAAAGCGGCCUGCUGUGUAGCAAUGGAAGCUGAACAGAAUCAGGAAGUUCCAGAGGCUGUUGCUGAGACACAGGAAGUGGUGGUGCAACAAAAGGAGAAAUCGGAGCCUAGGUCUGAAGAGGUGGCACCUUCAGAACCAGCAGAUCCUCCAAAAGCGGCCCCUAAACCAGAGAAGACCCCAGAGACCGAGCCUUUGGCUGGGGAAUUGCCAGAAAAGGAGAAAGCGACAGACUCUGAAGCACCUCCUGCCAGACCAUCUGAAACCCCGGCUGCCGAGUCUUCUGAGAAACCUCCUGAGCCAGAACAGCAGAAGAAGUCUGAGGAGCCACAGGUUCAAGUGAAUUCUGAACCUGAGAAGCAGGAGGAAGAAGCUGUGAAAGAGGUAGAGCCUAAGAAAGAGGAGGAGUCUGCCAAAGCGGCUGAGUCCAAACCCACUGCUGUGAAUGAAGCCAAGCCAGAAGAAUCUGAUAAAGGUGAGGAGACAAAGACAGAAGGAGGAGAGGAUAAGGUACAACCAGAGGCUGAUGGAGUUCAAGCUGAGCCUCCAAAAGAGGCCGAGACCAAGCCGAAAGAGCCAGAGCUGCCUUUGUUCUUUGGCUGGUUCCUGCUUCCAGAGGAAGAGGAACGAAUUAAGUGUGCAACCAUGGACUUUCUCAAGACGCUGGACACUUUGGAGGCCUUCAAAGAACACAUCAGUGAAUUUACUGGUGAGGCGGAAAAAGAAGUGGAUCUUGAGCAGUAUUUCCAGAACCCAUUGCACCUCCACUGCACUACAAAGUUCUGUGAUUAUGGGAAAGCAGAGGGGGCAAAAGAGUAUGCAGAGCUACAGGUGGUCAAGGAAUCACUUGCCAAGUCUGAUGAGCUUUCCGUCACUGCUCUCAUAGUGACCCCUCGUAUAUUUGGGGCCCGUGUGACUUUGACGGAAACCCAGAUGAAGCUGUGGCCCGAGGGAGAGGACAAAGAAGGGGUCGCUCCGGCCCUCUUGCCCAGUGUUGAGGCUCUUCCAAUGGGUAGCCGUGCCCACGUCACAUUGGGCUGCUCGGCAGGCGUGGAGGCGGUUCAGACCGGUUUGGAUUUGCUGGAGAUCCUGGCUCUGCAGAAAGAGGGCAAGGAGGGCACCCAGGUCGAGAUGGACUUGGGUACUUUGUCCUACCUAAGCGAGGGCCGUUGGUUCCUCACCCUGAGGGAACCGAUUACUGCAGACACCACCUUCUCUAGCUUCUCCGAUGACAAGCCCACCAGUGACCAGGGCAAAAAGGAUGGAGAGAAGAAAAAGAAAGGUAGGAGACAUUUUUCCUAAGGGCUCCGGCCCUCGGUUGGCUGAGGAUGAUGUUGUGUUUUUGCAUGUGUGUAGGUGGAUUGCGUGUAUGAUUCGCAGCUUUAGUGUGUGCACAGGGAUGGCUUGGGAUGAUUUGGCAGGUAGUGUGAGACCAGACGUUCCAAAGUGGCCUGCAGGCUCCCGGCUUUCUCUUAGCUGGUGCCUUUUUUCCUUUUGCCUGGCAACACAAGCUCAGAGGCCUUAGUAUCUGCCUUAAGGUCAUGGAUCACUCUGCUGGAAAGUUCACUCUGCGUUAGGUGCUAGUUCGCAUGGCUUUUUGGCCGCCACACCAUCCCUGUUCCCUUUACACCGGUACAUUCACGAUCAGUCUUCCUUACACGUGACACUCAUGUAGAACACUUUAUAGAUUUAGCACAACUUUACUGGUUUGAUUAACUGAUUUAUACUCUGUUCCAGCUCAGUUUUUGUUGAUUAGUCUAGGUGCAGUUUCAAAUUCAGUUUGAGGCUGUAUUUUUAGAAGGUUUACAUUCUAAAUUUACAUUUAGAUCUUCGAUUUCAUGAAAUGGAGCAUUUUGAUCCUUCAUCACAGGACGUUUUGGUAUAGAGUAUAAAUUUGUUAGUUUAGUAUGUGGUUCUUCGGGGUCCCUCUCUUUCUUCAGCCUUUGUGGAGCUGAUCAUUUCCAAGAAUUCAUGCUGCACCGUUGUUAUAAUCUUACCGAUAGUGAUCUGUUGUGUGUGUGUGCAUGCCUUUUGCCAAAAAAAAAAAGACAUUGUUAAUCUCUCACAAUCACGUAAAAUUCACCAAGGUUUUUCUUUUUAUCGAA